CUGCCGUGCGGGUCGGAUACGACGCGUCCGCGACGCGACACAGUCUUCGUCUCGUCACCCCUUUAGCCACCCUUACCCUGCGAAACGCGAACGUCGUCAGCAACGUCGAAGCCCGCGCGCGCUCGUCCCUCUCUCUCUCUCUCUCUCCGUGCUCUUCCCCCCCGUUGCGAGUGGACCCGGGGACACGAGGAGUUCGAUCGCGCGGAAGGAACGUACGCUCGCGCCUCUCCGCGUCUCUCGCACCUGGAGAUUCUCGCGUCAACCCCCCGCGUCGCGUCGGACGAGAGAGCGGCCGCCGUUCGGUGGACGCGCGCGAGAGAGAGUAUACAUGUCGUGAUGCCGCGGGCUGAGCGACGCGCGCCGCCGAGAGGACUCGCGGCCGAGGGUGCUUCGAUCACGUCCUGACGAUACCAGCCCUCGUGCGUCACCCCUUCCGCGGGACACUGGUGCGGUGCGUUCGCCAGAAUAAUGUUGGCGUGAGCGACGGCGGAAGCGGAGCAGCGCUACGCUACGCGACGCGGCGCGACGCGACGCGCUGGUGUACUCGGUGGUUUUCCGCGGAUGGCUCGGGGUCACGUCUUCAGAGAUUGUGCCGGCUCCGUCCGCCCGACGUGAGAUCCCGACGGAGAGGACAGGCGAGCGACGGCGCGCGCGCGCGCGCUUGUACACGCGAGAGAAGAGCGGGAUCCCCGUACUCUGUAUAUUCCGCCCGUGCGCGAAGUGUGUGCGACGUGUAACACGUGUGACAGUUACCCGUGGGAUACCACCGCGGAUUAUACGUUUCUUCGACCGCAAAGGGGUGGUUGGAGGCGCCGUGUGCGGGAUUACACACACGUACACCGACGCGCGCGCGCGCGCUCGCGCGUACACGCGACACACACGCACACACACACACACAUACACACACACACGUAUAUCAGUGGUUCUCCUUGGUGCACGUUACGGCGGAUUCAUCCCUAAAGGAUAUGUCGCUAUAGCGCUCUCGCACGGAUCGCAGCUACGAUGGCCGGAUACUCCAGUGCGCUCAAUACGGAUUUCGCUCCGGAAUCAGCGCGGAGGAUGCAACGAUCUGCGAUCGAUGCUAUCGGGGAUGCCAGGGAAUCCUCCGGAUGCGCGAUAACGAGGAACGCGAGCAGAAGAGUCGGGCGAAGAACGGUCCCGUUAAUAAUUUGCCUCUCGCUGCUGAUGACAAUGGAGGCGAAGACAGUGGCGGCUACGAACGUGACAAACGCGUCGUCCGUGGUAGCGUCGACGCUGAAGCCGUUUACAACGACGGAAGUAGUUUAUCAGCGAUUCGCCAUCGAGCCGAUGGAUCAAACCGCGGUGAUUGGCAGCCGCGUGACGCUUCCAUGCCGAGUCCUCGAUCAGAAGGGGCCCAUUCAAUGGACCAAGGACGACUUUGGUCUGGGAGCGGUCAGGAAUCUCACCGGAUACGAGCGAUACGCCAUGAUCGGUAGCGACGAAGAAGGCGAUUUUUCGCUGCACAUAUAUCCGGUGGAACUCGAGGACGAUGGCACGUAUCAAUGUCAGGCUUCGCCGACAAACGACGGACAGCCGGCUUUACGAUCGAGAUUUGCCAAGCUGAGUGUGCUGGUGCCACCGCAGAAGCCGAAGAUCCUGCAGGGCGACUUCCUCGUCACCACUGAAGAUCGCGAACUGGUGAUCGAAUGCAUAAGCAGCGCCGGAAAACCGCCGGCGGAGAUCACGUGGAUCGAUGGACUGGGCAACGUGCUACACCGUGGCAUCAAAACCACGAAGGAGGCGUACGAUAACGGUCCGCUGACCACUGUAAAGUCCGUCCUGAGAGUGAUGCCGCGGAAGGAUCACGACAACACGACUUUCACGUGCCAAAGUCAAAAUAUGGCGGAUCGUUCGCCGCAGAGCGCCAAACUUCGCGUCGAGGUACGUUACGCACCGAAGGUGUCCCUCUCCAAGAUCGAUCGCAUCGUCGAAGGCUCCGAGCUUAGGUUCAAAUGCUGUGCCGAGGCCAACCCGCCAGACGUGGAAUACAGGUGGUUCAUCAACAAGAAAAAGGUGAUCGGGGACUACACCACGGAGAUGAUUAUUCACAACGCCACCCGCGAGCUGCACGACGCGACCGUCAAGUGCGAGGUCUCGAACGAGGUCGGCAAGAGCGAGGAGAGCCAGACGCUGGAUAUAAGAUACGGCCCGCAGUUUCGACACCCGCCGCUCUCCGUGGAAACGCAUUACGGCGCGACGGAGAUCCUGCAGUGCGACGUGGACGGGAAUCCGACGCCGGAGAUUCUGUGGUUCCACGAGGAUUCGGAGCGAACGGUGGCCACCAGCCCGAACAUAAGUGUCUUUGUGAGCCCCGACACCGCCGGCCGUUACCUCUGCAAGGCCCGGGUGCCCGGCUUCCCGGACCUAACCGGCCACGCCAGCAUCUACAUUCGCGCCUCCCCGAGCAUAGUGUCGCAAAGGACCCAGUACGUGCCCGAGGAGGGGGUGGUCAAGGUUAAGUGCACCGCGAUAUCCGUGCCAAAAGCGGAGUCGGUGGUGUGGAGCUUCGCCGGCCGCGAGCUCAAUUUCACGUCGAACAAUACGCCGUUCUACGUGCAGGAGGAAUACGCGGCCGAGAGGGUAGUCAGCACCGUCACCCUGCUGGAUCCCAUAUCGACGUACUUCGGGGAUUACAACUGCACGGUUACGAACAGCUACGGCACGGAUUCCGUCAUCAUCAAACUGACGGCACGCACGUUGAUUCCAGUCGAUUGGCAACUGAUCUUGAUCAUCGGCGGACUGGUUGUCUGCGUGAUCCUGAUUGGCAUAAUAGUCUUACUCAUUCUACAAUGUCGCGAUCGCAUUAAGCAGCCACGACCACGUACGGCGCAAACUCAAGAGACUGAUAUGCAGGAGACCGAUUCCAACGCCGAUCGAUACAGAGAAAGCGAUAGGAGCAGCAACCUCUCGGAUGUCAAAGCGGACAUCCGAGCGGGAUCCAGUGUCAGCAACGCGGAAAGUGUCACGGCCCUUGACAGUGAAGGCGAAGGAAGUACCAGAGGAGUAAACGCCUUGGCGCUCGCUGGACCAGUGCCGAAUCCAUUAUCCGGUUAUCGUUACAGCGCCGAUUAUACCGAGCCUUCCUUCCCGCCGAAGAAUAACGAUGGUAGUAACAACAACGGUUACGUGCCAUACGUUGACUACACUCGCGAUUACAUGCCACCGACGACGCAGAGCAUGGGCGCGUCGCGAGAGUCCCUGAGCAGGAUACCCUCGAGCGGUAUCCUGUCGUCGAAAAAAAUCGGACUCAGCUCGGCGAACCUGGGAGGCAGCACGACUCCGCAGACGACGCCGAUCGAUCCGCGAUUUUCCGCGACAUAUGGCAACCCCUAUCUCAGAAUGUCAGCGGCCGAGCAGCUCCGACACGCGCCGCACACAGCCGUGCCGGGAGUCACGCCGGCACCGCCGCCGUACACGCAGGCAAUGAGAAUGAAUAGCUUGAAUACCUUGAACGGCGCUGGCCCGCAGGCCCCAUUGUCAGCGCAUUACAUCACCGGCGGCCCAAACGGGGCCAUGGCGACGGUGAAGCGCACAUCCGCGGUGGGCACGUUAGCGACGCACGUAUGAGGCCAGGGGAUCUAUCCGAAUUAGAACCGUCGAUACUCG